UGAGGAUACAACCAAAGAAUUGUUCUGUCGUCAAGUAUACAUCCCGGAUGAUAGGAGCUUAGAUAUCUCUCCGCCAGGAGCAUUUUGCUUGUAAGCACACAGGAGGUGUUGGAGAUUGCCCUAAACGACAAGCUGGAGAUACCUAUCUUGUGGUGAUGAAUGGGCUUGAUGAAGUAACAGAGCCUUGUGAGCUGGUUUGUCGAGUCGGGGACGAUACCGAGCGAGGAUUCCGAAUGCGACAUCUAUUUCGCCGGCGAGAUGUCGACUCGGCCGCAUCCAAUGCUCGCCCAAACGAGCUAGUGUACUCGGAAACGUUUGUCACUAUAUCAGAAGCGAGGAUCAUAAGCCCCUGCAAAGUCCGAUUCUUUCUUCCAGGUGAAGAGGUUUGCACGCCAUAUGACCGCGAUGGGACGGCCUGCUGUUUCUUCAUAACUCAUCGAAUGACAGAUGUGCCACCCCUGGAAUUCAUCGAAAUCAGCCAAGUCCCAGAAUCUUUUAAACAGGGAUAUGAACCGAAUGAUACGGCUAUACCCAAGUUGAAGGGCCUAGACUUGUUCUGUGGAGGAGGCAACUUUGGACGCGGCCUUGAAGAGGCCGGUUUCAUGGACUAUAACUGGGCAAACGACAUCAGUCACGACGCUAUGCGAACAUAUAUGGCCAACGUCAAGCCCGGGUCAAGAAUCAAGCCAUUUGUUGGGUCAAUUGAUGAUCUUGUGGCAUCCACACUCAAAGGAACGUCUCGUGACAAUAUACCAUCCAUCGGUGAGGUCGAUUUCAUUUCUGGUGGGAGUCCGUGUCAAGGUUUCUCGGCCCUGACAAAUGACAAGACCGCUGACGUACAGCUGAAAAACCAGUCCCUGGUUGCGGCAUUUGCAUCUUGCGUUGAUAUCCAUCGACCAAGAUAUGGCGUCUUGGAGAAUGUUACGGGAAUCAUUCAAAACAAUCAACAUCGUGGUCGUGAUGUUUGUAGCCAGCUUAUAUGUGCUCUCGUCGGCAUGGGCUACCAGUUGCGUCUAUGCUAUACGGAAGCAUACUCAUUUGGUGCAUCUCAAAGGCGUGGACGUAUAUUUAUAGUGUUUACAAGAGGCGGUCUUGAAUUGCCGAAGCCACCAUUAGAGAGUCACACAACCCCUCCGACAGGCUAUGUCCGGAGCUUUGGACGACUUCCUACCGGCGAGGGAAUGAUUCAACCUGGCGACGAUAGACCUCGGCCGUUUAGAUUCCGAAGCGCGCGUGAAGAGUGCAAAGACCUGCCACCUAUCCAUGAUGGCAAGGUUGAUAUAUGUGUGCCAUUUCCUGACCAUCGCAUCCCCAUCGGUAUGACAGACACGCUGCAGCGGCGAGUUGUGCGAAUUCCAAUCUGUCCCUAUGGGAUGAACUUUUCCAAGGCAUUCUACGGCGAAGGUGGAGUGAAUGGGGCGAAACCUGUAAUCCCAUAUUCAGAUGGUACAGUGUUUUCAGACAGUCUCCAUGUCCAUUCGAGCAAGACGGCGCUGAACGUGUCGCGUCAGUCCAACAUGCUGGGGCGCAUGUAUCCAGAUCGUCUCAUCGAGACAAUUGUGACAAAAUGCAGCCCAAUGGACGCCAAACAUGGGAGGGUUUUACAUUGGGAAGAGCCUCGUGUCAUUAGCUUGAUGGAAGCUCGUAGAGCCCAAGGGUUCCGGGACGAGGAGAUCAUAUUGGGCACGCCAGACCAAGCAUAUCGGAUUGUGGGCAACAGCGUUCCCCGACAAGUGGCACUGGCGCUUGGGGUGUCCUUUGCCGAUGCGCAUAGGACGAAGCUUGAGAUUGAAUUGGGUAACCCGGCUGCAAAUAGCUAUGAUACUGACAAGGGCAAAAAAUUGGUGCGGCGACACCCGGAUGGGAGCUCGGAGGAAGCCGAGUAACG